AUGGAGAGAAAAAAUAUUUUACAAGAUGAGAAAAAUAUCGUCGCUUAUAAUGAAACAUUCGUCGAUGAUGAGGAACAACCCGUAACGGAAAAAGAAUUGAAAGGAUGGUAUCUUCAUAAUUUUGCUUGCGGAGCUUAUGAUAUUGCGAUAGCUGGAUUUUUUGCCCCCGUCUUACUCGAAAGACUUGCAAGCAUAUCGGGUUAUGAACUUGAUCACGUUACUCCUUGUAAUACUAAAGUACAAAAUCAUAAAUGUGUAAUAAACAUUGCAGGUUUUUAUAUUGAUACGGCCAGUUUUUCUUUCUAUGUUGUGUCAUUGUCUGUACUUUUACAAUCUAUUCUAUUUAUCAGUUGCUCUUCUCUUGCCGAUCAUGGGGCAAAUCGAAAGAAAUUCCUUUUAUUUUUUUCAACCGUUGGAGCUUUUGCUACGAUUUGUUACGCGCUGGUGAUAAAACCUGAAUGGUAUUGGUUCGCAAGCAUCAUAACCAUAGUCUCUAACUGUUGUUUCGGUGCGGCAUAUGUAUUUCACCUGGCGCACAUUCCAAUCUUUUCACGUAUACACUCGGAAGUAUUAUUGUUAAAGAAAUCCAAAGCACCCAGAGAAAAAUUGUUAGAAGUUGAAGAGAAAAUUUCAACUAAAUUAUCAGUAAAUACGACAAGUAUAGGAUUUGUAGCAGGUUUAUUGGUAGUAAUCGGAGGAUUAGGCAUUGUACUAGCAUUCAAUUCAUCUGAUUAUAGUUUACAAAUCGCAAUGUCCUUUGGUGGUGGAUGGUGGUUGUUUUGGUUAAUAUUCCCUUUAUUAUGGUUAAAAGAACAUCCGGAACCUCCUUUACCAAGCACGGAAAACAAAUUUUUGUACCCUUACAAGAGGUUUUUUAAAACGAUAAGAACAUCAAGUAAAUUAAGGCAGUCAAUGAAAUUCUUGAUUUCUUGGUUCUUGUUGAGCGACGGCAUAAACACAAUCGGACCGUUAGCAGCUUUAUUUGGUUCCAAAACGUUGAUCCUCACAGAAAUUCAAUUAUUAAUACUCGCCAUUGUCGUCCCAUUAUGUGCAGCGUUUGGAAUUUAUUUCUUCUACUUGAUAGAAAAAUUAUUUAAAUUCACCACAAAGACAAUGAUAGUAAUCAUUUCAUUCUUGUUAACAUUAUUACCCGCAUAUACUUUAUUAGGAUUUGUUUUACCAUUUGGUAUGAGAAAUAGAUGGGAGAUUUGGUUAUUUGCUGUUUACUUUGGGUUAUGUUUAGGUAGCGUCCAAGCGUAUAGUCAGAGUUUGUUUAGUAGGCUGAUACCAAAAGGACAUGAAAGUGAAUUCUUUUCGAUAUAUCUAAUCACGGCGAAGGGAUCUAGCAGUUUAGGACCCAUGUUAUCAGGGAUCAUCAUUAACGCUACUCAUGAAGUCAGGAAUGGAUUUUGGGUUCUACUCGUCUUAUUAUUUCUUUCUAGCAUAGUCACUCUGACUGUGGCUGUGGACAAGGGCAUAAAAGAGUCUGAAGAUUAUGUUCAAAAUGAAAUAGAGGAACAAAAUUAA